UCGUUGACCUUCCCUGUACGUUGGCCGUCUCAUCUCUUAUCGAUGAGUUUAAUGUCUACAACUCAGACUGAUAAACGAGACAAAAACGAAGAAGAAGAGAGAUGGUUUUCGUAUUCAGAAUCAGCGUAUUGCUUAUUCUCUUUCUCUCCGCCACUCUAUCUUUACCAAGAGUCUCUGGAUCAUCUCCACUUUGCAGAGCAUGGCUCGUCCAGUCUAUCCCCACCGACAUGCCUCACCUCCCUCGCGUCCCCGGCGUUCUCUCCACCGGACAUGUGUUCAAGUGGCUGGCCGGUAACUCUACAGAGAGAUUGGAUAUAAUUGCGCAGUAUUGGCAGCUAAGAGCGCACCCUAACGAUCCUCGCUCCGGGGAUUACGGUUACUCAAAAUCUGAUAUGCAACGUUUUGGUGCGCCUGUGGGUUCCCAGGUUUAUAAAGCAAUUGAUGAUGCUGCUGAUCGCAAUGUUAGUAUCAGGCUACUAUCACACUCAGGAGUGUAUCCUGACUACACCAAGGAACCUUCGGACCUUGCUUCAGGAAGGCCAAAUGUUAAGAAUGCAACUUUAUUACUUGGUAAAUGGUGGGGUUCAGGAAUAGUCCAUACAAAAGUUUGGAUAUCAGAUUCUCGGGACGUCUACAUUGGGUCUGCAAAUAAUGACUGGAAAUCUCUAACACAGGUAAAGGAAGUUGGAAUUUACCUUACCGGAUGUCCAAGAGUGGCAAAAAAAGUCAUGACCUACUUUGAUAACCUGUGGAAGUUGACAACUCUAGAUUCCUCUUCUUAUACAAGAAUAGUAUCAGACCAGCAAUGGCAGGUUAAUAGGACAGUUCCAUGCUGGUCCCAUUUUCUUGAUGCCAAAGAGAGAUGCAGGUCUCCUCUUCGGCGAUCUGUGGAGACUCCCCAUGUAUCAGGCUAUCCUCCAAUCUCUGACCCUUAUUUGUUUAAACUUAAAUUUGAGACACCUGGAUACAAUUAUUCAAAUCUGCAACCUCAAUUCAGCUAUCUCUCCUUUGCUCCACCAGAACUAUUGUUUGGCAGGUACCAGGCUGAUGAGCAGGCAUGGGUGGAUACUAUUAAAUCUGUUGGAGAUGGAGCAAUUGUAAGGAUAAACACCAUGGACUGGCUUGGUCAAUCCCAAUAUACAAAGCAAACAAUUUACUGGUCAUCUCUUUCUUCUGCCGUAUCAGAGGUGAUAUUCUCCAAACAUGCCAAAGUGAAAAUUUUGGUGGCAUACUGGGCACAUUUUAUCAGCAACACAGAUCAGUAUCUGAAGUCUCUUCUAUACAGCAAUGUCCUCUGCUCCUCUUCAAAGUACAACAAAUGCUCUGGCAAAGUCGAGAUCAAGUACUACAGGGUACCAGGUUACAACCUGACUGGACCUGCAACUAGCAACGGAACCAACACCGGAAAUAUCUAUCCGGGCUUCACGAGAGUAAAUCACGGAAAGUAUGCAGUGAGUGAUGUACGAGCCCAUAUAGGUACCAGCAAUCUUAUCUGGGAUUACUUUUAUACUACAGCCGGUGUUAGCUUUGGCACAUACAAUCCCUCCAUUGUUUCACAGCUUCAAGAAAUCUUUGAUGCUGACUGGAAUUCACCAUAUGCAACUCCCAUUGAGGAAAUUGGUGGAGCUCAUGUUUAUUCUGGCAAAUAAAUGUUUGAUGGUAUUCUAGUUUUAGUUUAGGGAGGACAAAAUAGCAGUUGAACCUCCGCACUCUAUGUUAAAAUAAGUGAAUUAUAUAAAUUUACAAGUCUUUUAAAAGAA